AUGGCAGUUUUAAGAGCCUUUGAACAUAUAGCGUUCCUAUUCCAGCCAUCUAGCAGUCGAAAGCGUAUCAGCCGAUCGUUCAGUGCGUCAUCACUGAUGAUUACUUGUAUAAAUCAAUACUGUGGCAAGCCAGCGUUGCAAACAAACAACUUUCUUUGUCGUGAAUGCUUUGAACAUCAGAAGGAGCAGAUGACAUCCUUCAAUUGUGAAAAUCCACAUCUUCUGAGACGACUGCCGGGUGCUGUGGUACCGACGACGGCAAAGAGCACGACUAUGCCCGCUAUAGCGACCCCAACGCGAUGUACAUCACGUGAUAUGUUGCGUACGGCUGCACAUCCGUCGACGCAGCGUCCUGCACCAGUGUUGGGUGUGACCAAAGAAGGCAUGAGUACGACUACAAGUAUUUCUACUAUCGAAGGAGAGAAUGGAGUGACCCAUUACUACGUUGCCGGAGAGGAUCCGCCAGUGCAUCUGUCGCCGUCACAUGCCUCGUGCGCAGCUUCGCAGUCGAUGUCGUCGCCGGUUCGUGUCGCCACGCUCUCACAACUCGCCUCGUAG